UUGCGUCAAAAGCGCAACGAGUUUGAGGCCAAACGACGCCAGAGUGUUAUGACCACCGAUUUGAAGGACGCGCCCGAAGAUAGACAACACCCACCACCACAACAGCCGUCCGUUACUGUCGCUGUUCCCGCUGUUGAAGUGGAGGCCAAGUCUCUGGAGCCAACUGUUGUGCUCGUUAUUGCCGCCGAAGAGGUUGAGGUCGAACGCGCGACAGCCACUGAUCCCGUGGAAGUGUCCAUUCGUGGCCACAGUGUUGUGUCCGUUGAUUUGUUUGGAUCGAAGUCUCAUUUAGAAGUGGAUGACGAAGACAUGGAUGUGGAUAAUGAAAGCGUCCGCGAAGAUGAGUCCCAAAUCAAUGAUAAAUCGAAUGUCACUGAGAAACCAGAGUCCAAGUCUUCAACCACUGAAUCUAAUUCUUCGCAAUCGGAAUCCAAUUCGUCCGAAAGCGAAUCCAACACUUCUUCGUCGACCACUGAAUCCAAAUCAGAUGCUAAAAGUGAUGAAAACACUGAAUCAAAGGUCGAUUCGACGCCCGAAACGAGCGCUCAGUCGACGAGCGCUGUCGACACAGAAAUGGACACUGAAUUGAAGACAACCACUGCCGGCGAAUCGUCGUCGGACUCGAGUUCUGAGGACUCGUCCCUGUCUUCGUCGGCGUCCACUCUUCACAACACCUCUUCGCUGAACCUAAACUCGACGUCUCCUCUGUCCGUAUCGGUCAUUCACUCGAGCGGUGAUUAUCUGGUGUCGAGUCCCACAACAGCCGACCCGACGCUUAACUUUACAUUCAACGCCUCUUCCGACGAAGACUCGCAAUCGUUUGAUCCGUUUAUUCACACGAAUCGCUCGUUUCACACAAACACCACGUUUUACGAGACAACGAGUCCUCUGCAGCUGUCGUUUAUGGUAAGAGAGGACACGCUUUGCAUUCUGGCCGACGAAUUGGAGCGACAGAUCGACGACAUCGUGAUUCCCGACGAAGACCAGAAUCUGACCAUUUAUAACAUGUCGGCGGCCGACGAGCCAACAGAUCUGUACGCGCCGUUACGACGACUGGACGACAAGGAGUUGGGCUUCACAUGCGAGUCGCUCACCGACGACAAGGCGCUCAUCAGCUAUUUGUGGGGAACUUUUGCGCUGGAGGUCAGGUUCGGUGAUGUGGUUCCGGAGGCCAACACUGCGUUUACUGUUCGCCGCAUUACAGCCAUAAACAUGAAAUCGUUGGUCAGCGCCGAAGAGCCGCUCAAAAUGCGCCAAAAGGGUCUUCUCUUAAAGUUCAAUGACUUCCAUAAGCCGUUGAUAACAAUAGCGCACGACUUAAUCAUCUCCUCGUUUGAGACCGAAGAACAACACAUCAAAAGCAAACACAAGACGAGCGCAUCGUUGGAUGAAUUGGUCUCUUAUAUCUCCAUCCGAGCCAUGAGUGCGAAGAGACUGUUGUCCGAACUCCGCGUAAUCGCCUCUUCAGAGGUCUGCCGAUUGUAUCCCAAAGUGAACGACACGUAUAGACUUGUGGUCGAAAUCCUAGCCUUAAGAAAACCAAUUCAAUUGAUUCUACCGAUCAAUGCUAAGUCAUAUCCGGACGAAGCGAUUCACCCGCGGGUCAGGAUUCCGGCCGCAGAUAAACACUUCUAUUGUACGGAUCAAUUCUCUGCCGCAUUCCUCCGCAUUGAACGCGGAAAGUUUCAGUACAUUCAACGGCUAAUCAAAGCGACCAAAGCGUUGGUUCGGGCGAAGAAGCGAUUGAUGUAUGAAAAGCAGCAAAACCUGAGACAAAAGCAAGAGAUUGAAAGCGCGAGACUCACUGAAUCCAUACUAAUCUCCAAAACUAAUACAUAGUUUUGCAAAAACACUACAAAUACUUUAUUUAAUCUAAUUUUUUGCCCA